AUGGGGGCACCAACUCGUCAUUCAAAUGUGUUAAAACAAGAACAGCGAAAGUCCACAUCGUAUUACCAUCCGCAGCAACAGCACAAAGUUAACAUGUCAGCAGUCGACGUGACAACAAAUCCAAUUCAAGGAUCGGAUCAAAAAACUGAUUCCAGUCAAAACAAACCAGAUCAAACUGGAUCAGGUAGUGAUGAUCCAAAACAAAUCAACGGUAAAAAUGUCGUUGCAACAAAAGUAACAGGUACAGUUAAAUGGUUCAAUGUUAAGAGUGGUUAUGGUUUCAUCCACCGAGAGGAUACAAAUGAAGAUAUUUUCGUUCAUCAAACAGCAAUUGUAAAGAAUAAUCCACAAAAAUAUUUACGUAGUGUUGGCGAUGACGAAAAAGUUGAAUUCGACAUUGUUCAAGGCGAGAAAGGCUUCGAAGCUGCCAAUGUUACAGGACCUAACGGUGGUAGUGUACAAGGUUCAAAAUAUGCCGCUGACCGAAGACAAUAUAACACAUCGGGCGGUUUUCAAAGAGGCCGAGGUGGCCGACCACCAUUCCGUGGCCGUGGAGGACCUCUUCGUGGCGGUCCAGGUGGCUUUGCUCAACCAUUCGACAACUUUGGUCCACCAAUGGGUGGACGCCCGCCUUUUGGUCGACCACCACGUGGUUUCGGUGGUCCAAUGAUGAGAGGCCGUGGACGACCACCAAUGCGUGGAGGUUUUGGAUAUGACGGUCGCGGACCACGUAUUUUCCGUGGUCGCGGCGGUCCAAUGCUAGGAGGACCAAUGGGCCCAGUACCAGGCCCAAUGGGCCCAUCAUUUGGUUUCCGUGGUCGUGGUGGAUUUCAAGGUCGUCCCCGAGGACGUGGCCGUGGUCGUGGUCGAUUCUUCCGAGGAGCUCGUCAAGGCAAUAACCGCCAUGAUUCAAAUGGCAACGAUGAUGGUGAAAACAACCAAAAUGAAGGACAAAAUUCAGACCAAUGA